GUGCGCGCGCGACGACGACGACGACGACGACGACGCGAGCGCGGGAAGAAAGACGCGCGCGACGCGCGCGAUGGAGAAGACGCGACGACGCGACGCGAGACGCGCGCGACGGGCGAGACGCGAACGCGCGAGGGGAACGACCCCAACGGUCGAGGGUCGACGCGCGACGCGACGCGACGCGACGCGCGAUCGGUGACUGACGGCGCGCGAUCGCGACAGAAAUCGCGCGCGAUGGGGAAGAACCUGAUCGUGUCGAUCCUGCGCGUCGUGCCGCUGGCGCUGUACCUGCGGUCGGCGGCGUGUAAGUUUGCGAUUCCGAUCGCGGGGUGCGACGGGGCGCUGUGCCCGGUGGCGCUGGGGAAACCGGGUGAUUGCGCGCCGACGGCGAACACGGCGGAGCAAUACGCGUGGUGUGAACACGCGUGGACGCCGUGGGCGAACGGGCUGAUCGCGCGCGUGCCCGGGGUUUCGAGCGUGGCGCCGAAGAUUCGAUGCUCCAAGGCGGAUGGGUACGAAUUCGCGAAAAUCAUCGGCGCGCUCGAGGUGCUGGGAUACCUGGCGCUGUGGACGACGCCGGCGCGGGGGGCGUUUCUGCUCACAGCCAUCAUGGCGGGAGCGAUUCACUUUCACAUGACGUUCCUGAAGGAUCCGAUCGGGAAGCUGACGAUUCAGUUUGCGCUGUUAUUCGCGUCGGCGACCAUCGCGAUGCUGACGACGGAGAAGAAGGCGAAGAAGAAAGCGACGACGAAGUCAAAGUCGACUCGACGCACGACUUCAUCGAGAAAGACGAAGCGAGGAUAA